CCAUCCUUGAAGCGAUUAAGUAUAAUUGAGUGCCUUGAAUUGGUGGGAUUCAUGGUUAAAUCUAAGAGCACAAAUGAAGCCGAUGACGCACAGCCCUUCUUCAAUGAACAAGUUGCAUUUCCCAGCUUGGAAAGCAUCAUUCUCUAUGGUUUAAGAAACACAAAGAUCAUAUGGCACAACCAACUCCCUCAAGGUUCCUUUUGCAAACUCAAAGAGUUGGAUGUCAGAGAUUGUGAGAAUUUAAUGACAAUUUUUACAAAAGAUAUGGUGGGAAGCAUCUUUAAAUCCAUAGAGAAGUUAGCAAUUUAUUCUUGUGCUUCCGUAGAAGAGGUGUUUAAAGUGGGAGAGAUAAACCUCAAAGAGCCAGUACAGACUCCGCUGAGAAAUUUGCGGAUUAAUAGUCUGCCGAGUUUGAAGCAUGUGUGGAAUGAGGAUCCCAGAGGAAUUCUCACUUUUCAUAAUAUGGAAUCGGUAAUUGUAUGUGACUGUCCCAGUAUCAAAAAUGUGUUUCCAGUUUCAAUAGCCCAAGGCCUUAAACAACUCCAAAAGCUACAAAUAGAGGGGUGCGGAGUGGAGGAAAUUGUUGCAAUGGGGUGUGAAGGAACAGAAGCCGCACUUAAGUUUGUGUUUCCUCAACUGUCGAACAUCAGACUUACGAGGCUACAAAGACUCAGAUAUUUUUAUCCAAGAAAACACAUAACGCUUUGGCCAGAGUUAAAAAACUUGAAUGUUUUUGAUUGUGGUUGUGCUGAUGAAGUGGAGAUAAGAAAUGGGCAAGGUCGACCAGAUUUCCCCGUUGGACAGCCACUUUUCUCCAUGGAAGAGGUAUGAGCCAUGUUAUUACUUUCAGUUGUUAGAUAAAUAACGCUUGUGUCAAAAUAUGCUCUUUGCUAAGUGUAGGACAAUUACUAAGGGGUAUAUUUGGAUUGGGAGAAAUAGAUCUUUCUAUUUUUC